AUGAAUCAAUCACAUAGUAGUACAAGUAGCAUUAGUCUCAUCAAUAAUAAUAACAAGAGAAUCUGUGAGGAUCCUCCACUUGUUUUAAAACAUCAUCAUCAACAACCAAUCUCAUCGAUUACCAACAUCAAUAAUAAUAAUAAUGGUAGAAUUGACUUUAUACCAAAUAAGGCUAUCAAGUCAUCAUCAGGUGCUUCGUUAUCAGUUUCAUCAUCUUUGGUGAAUAAGAGUAGUAGUGGUAGUAGGACUCCUUCAUUAAGCUUAACUACAAAUAGCAAUCAUCAUCAUGGUGGUGCAAGCUCAGCAAAGAUACUUCCACGUCCUACUUCAUUAUUGGGUGGACAAGUAGUACUGCAACCUAAACCUCCUUCACCACCUAAUAUUAAUAAUAUCAACAACAAUAAUAAUAACAAUAAUAAUAACAAUACUAUAAAAGGUAAUGUAAUUAGAUCACCAGCACCAGCACCUCAAACCACUAUCAAGAGGAGUUUAUUGGAUACCAACCGAGGAUUAGGAGGAGUUGGUGUUAUCUCAAAAUCUAUGCUUCCUAUAAUUCCUCCUCAAAAUAAUACAAAUACAAAUAAUAAUACUAUUUUGAAAUCAAGGCAAAAUCAAUCACCUCCACAACUUCAACUUCAACCUCAACAACCUCAACAACCAAAAAUACAAUCAUUAAACAUGAACCAAUCGAAGAAAAUAUCUUUGAAUACCUCAACUACAACUACAUCAACUACAUCAACAACAUCACCACCUAUUAAUCAAAUGAAACCCCCUCCACCUAAUGUUAAUAAUAAUAUUGGUGAUAAUGAUAGUUUUGAUUUCUUUUUUGAAGAAGGUAGUCAAUUUUGUCAAAAUGAUGUACCAUUACCGUCAACUCAACAUAAAUUAAGUCAAUUAAAGGAAUUGAUGGAUAAUAUCAAAGCAGAUGAAAAUGAUGAAUUACCAGAAAUGCAAUUCAUUCCAAAUUAUCAACCACCUCCAAGAAAUUCAUUAAUUAAUAGAUCUUCACCAAAAAGAAAUCAACAAUCAAAUAAUAAUAAUAAUAAUAAUAAUAAUAAUCAAAAUGGUAAAACCAAAAAUAAUAAUAAUAAUAAUAAUAAUAAUCAAUCAUCAUCAUCAUCACCUGAAUGGAAAAUGGGAGAUCCAGAUUCAUUUGGAUUAGAAAUGGUACCAUGUUGUAUUCAUUUGUUUAAUUUAUCAAAAGCAGCAGCUAUAAUGGAAGAUAAAACAAAGUUUCUUUACGCUUGGCAAAAGGAGUUGCUUUGUAAACCUGGAUUAUUAGAUGGAACUAGAAACUUUAUAUACUCUUUACCAACAAGUGGUGGAAAAACAUUGGUUGCAGAGAUUAUACUACUUAGAAAUGUAUUAGAGAGAAAAAGAAUAUGUUUGUUUGUACUGCCAUAUGUAUCGAUUGUCAAUGAAAAGGCAGAUUCAUUUAAAUUGCUCUCUCAACAACUUCGAUUCAAGGUGGAAGGAUAUUAUGGUAAUCAAGGGACAAUCCCACCUACUAGUGAACCAUCCAUCCUCAUUUGUACAAUUGAAAAGGCAAAUUUAAUUGUCAAUACAAUGAUUGAAGAGGAUCGUAUCAUGGAGAUUGGGUGUGUUGUGGUGGACGAGUUACACAUGGUUGGUGACGGAGACAGAGGUGCGUUACUCGAACUCUUUAUUGCAAAGUUGAUGUAUUCAACCAAAGGCAAUGCACAGAUUGUUGGUAUGAGUGCCACUAUACCCAAUUUGGACGCAUUGCAGAGUUGGUUACGUGCCGAUCUUAGUAUCAAUGGUACAAGAGAUAGAGCCAUUAAACUUGCAAGAAAGCUUAGAUCACACACUACCAAAGACACUGAUGGCAACGACAUUAAUAUAGCAGAUAUUAACCGAGAUAGAAAGAAUCAAAUUAAAGCGCGAUUACAAGAUUCGCUGGGAACACAACAAGAUCAAGAAAUGAUAUUCGAGGCAAUUGAUAUGGGUGUUGCAUUUCAUAAUUCUCAAUUGUCUGGAGAGGAACGUGAUAUUAUUGAAAAUGGAUUUAAAGAUCGUGUUAUCAAUAUUCUCUGUUGUACAUCUACACUUAGUGCAGGUGUCAACUUGCCAGCUAAAAGAGUGGUCCUCACAUCAACUAAAAUGGGGUUUGAUGAUAUCUCUGUUAGAACCUAUCGACAAAUGUGUGGUAGAGCCGGUAGAGCUGGGUUUGACUCGAAUGGUGAAAGUUAUUUAUUAUCAAAAGAUCAGAAACUUCCAACAAGAUUAAUGACUCAAGAAAUGGAACCUUUAAUUUCUGGUUUCAACAAGGAACCAGCAGCAGUAGAACAAAAAAAUAAUAAUAAUAGAAAAAAUAAUCAACAAUCAAAUUUAAAUUAUGAAAAAUUGGCUAUUGAUUGUAUUUCUAGUUUUAUUGCAAAUACUAAACAUCAAUUAUUGGAAUUUUUAUCAUGUACAUUUUAUUUUAGAUCGAUAAGAGUACCACAAGAUCAUAAUGGAACAAAAUAUGAAUACAUCAAAGGAAAAUUGGAUGAAUGUAUGGGUGUUUUAGAAAAAGAAGGAUUUAUUCAAAAGAAAAUAAUAGAUGGUGAUGAAAAAAAAGUAGAUGACCGACAUGUUUUAUGGGAACCAACAGGUUUAGGUCUUGCUACAUUUAGAUCAACUUUAAACAUUAAAGAAGCAAAAUAUUUACAUUUAGAAUUGGAUAAAAUUCAAAGGAAUUUUAAUUUAAAAGAAGAAUUAAAUUCUUGUUAUGUAACAACACCAAUGUUUGGAUCAGGAUUAAAUAUAACAAUUAAUUGGUCAAACUUUUAUACUUUAUUUAAAGCAUUUGAUCAAAGUAGAAAAGAUGUGGCAAAUCGAUUAGGUAUUUCAUUAUAUUAUAUUGAAUGUCAUUGUGAUGAGGAAAAGACAAAUGACGUUUAUAAAAUGGAAACGAAUACCCCUAAUAUCCGACAGAUUCACGUUAGGUUUUAUUUGGCAAUGGCAUUGUCAGAGUUGAUUCAAGAAAACUCACUUCAUUAUGUCGCCAAGAAAUAUGGAAUCCCACGUGGUAGUCUUCAAUCGACUAUGCAGUUUUGUGGUACUUGGGCAUGGAUGAUUGUCACUUUUUGCAAGAGAAUGCAAUGGUAUUCGUUUGAAGCUGUCAUUUCAGAGUAUGUCAAGAGACUCGAUCACGGUGUUCGUGCAGAGGUUCUUCCAUUACUCGAAGUCAAAGGUAUUGGAAAGGCUCGUGCAAGAGCACUUUACAACGCUGGUAUCAAAACUUGUAAAGAAAUUGCAUCAAUCGAUCCAGGUAGAUUAGCCGAAAAAUUUCCAAAAGUAUUUGAUCCCCAUUCAGCAAGAGAUAUCGUACAAUCUGCCAAACGACUUUUAGAUGUUCAAGCUGCCGAAUUAAGAAAACAAGCUGAUCUAUUAUCUGGAAAGACUGAUAAUGAAAUGGAUGGUGAUAAUAAUAAUAAUAAUAAUCGUGAUCGUAUUGCUGGUCUUGGUCAUGCUGGAUUAUUUAGAAAUUAA